UUCCAGUGCAUGAAACAUGGAUUUCCCCCCUGGUUUUUCCACCGACCCAUCCUUUCCAUCCCCAGGAUGGUCUCGGCCUGGGCGACGGCAUGAUCUCCCAAGCGGUGGAUGUGCUGCCCACGGCCACACCCGCCUCGCCCGCACCUAGCCCCCCUGCAGCGACUCCCACAUCGAAUAUCUUCACAGCAGGGCCACGCAUUUCCAGCACCGCGACGAUGACGGACGUGUGGGUGGCCUUCUCAGCUCAAGCAUCCGGAGCAGGUGAAUUAUACCUUCUGACCAACUCAGCGCCGGCCUAUGCGGACAUUGCUACUUUGCGAACGGCUCCUGCAGCCGAAGUCAUGUGCAGCUCGAGCAUCGUGGUAGCGAUGGACGAACAAAGUCACCAGCUGACUGGAUGCGCGCUCACUCACAGCACCGAUUACAAGAUGUACGUCUACGUGGGAGAUUCAAGCCCUACCGAUGUAGAUGGCACCCUGUCGGCCCUCACCGUCACCGUGGCGCCGGGCACAUCGAACUAUUUCUUGGAGGUGCCUGCACUGGACGCCAUGUCCCUCAGCACCACCUCCUUCGAUGUCGCCUUUGCUGCGGCCAAUGUGGGGCUGGCCUACGUCAUUGCGCUGCCGCUCAACGAGGCGUCGUCUGCAGAUAUGGUGACAGUGACCAGUGGCAGCAGCGCUAUCUGUUCUUUGGCCAGUGCCAGCAUCAGUGGAACGUCUUCGCAGACCUACAGUGUGACUGGCUGCAGCUUCCAAGCCGGUACAGAUUAUGCAGUGCUGGUCUACAUCGCCAACGCGGCGGGUGGUUUCGAUGGCACCCUGUCAGCUGCAGUGCCUCUGACCAUUCAGCCCUCGAACCAGUUCUCCACGUUGCCGUACUUGUCGGAGGUGCCAUCGACCAGCACCGUGAAGACCAAAUUUAAGGGCACAGUGGCCACAGGAAAGGCCUGGGCAUGUGUUGUGAGCAUUGAAAACUCCACCAUGGUCUCAGUGACCGACGUCAAAUCCGGCUGCGACACCGGCUGUCAGUCUGGAGAGGUGACCUUGACGAACAGCGUGGAGCUGGACGUGACCAUGUCCGGCUGCAUGUUGGAGGUUGGUGUUGCAACCCGAUUGGUGGCCUAUACGGAGGCCAAUGGCUAUGCCAACGAUGGCUACUUCGCGCUGAAUUUGCCAUUGACGGUGCCAGCAUCCAAUUCCUUCGUUGCACCAGCGAUGAUUUCCAGCAGCAUCACGCCCUAUGGCUUCAACGUGCAAUAUGAGGUGGCCAAGUUGACGGGCAAGGUCUGGGGACGUGUGAUCCAAGCGUCUCAGAGCUCACUGGCCAGCAUUGAGAUGGUGCGCAACGACAAUCCAGCGAUUGCAAUUGGAGGUGUUGACUGUGCCGAGACUGGUGAAACAGUGGCGCGUGGUACCCACACCAUGAUGUUCGAAUCGUGUAACCUCACAAAGGGCGAAAGCUAUGAGGUCUAUCUCUACACGGAGGAUAGCAACGGCAACCAGGAUGGUGCUUUGAGUCAGGCGAUCCCCUUCAGCGUGCCGGCCUCUAACUACUUGGCCACACCCUUGAGGUUGACAAACACACCCACUGUUAGCGAUGUGUCCUUCUCCUUUGCGGCGGGCGUGGCCAUUGGAAGGGCAUGGGCCCAAAUCAUCUUGACCUCGAAUUUGCCAAUGGCCACAGCAGCCAACAUCAAGGCGGCGACCUACGCGGUGGGCGAUGCGGUGAACUGCCGACAGGUCGAUGUGAACGUUGGAACCUCCAUGCUCUACUGGAGCUUGUCAGGAUGCAGUCUUUUGGCUGCAGUGCAAUACAGCACAGUGCUGUAUGUAGAAGACAUGGCAGGGCUGAAUGAUGGCACAGUCUACAACAUCUUGACAGUGGUCCCAGCAACCACCAGCAACUACUUCAUUGAAGUUCCGACACCUGUUUCGGCCAUCGCUGCAGAUGGAGUCACCUUGGCAUACACAGCCUAUGCUGCUGCUGGUCGUGCUUGGGCCAUGAUUCUGGAGGUAGCCACCUCGAGUCCAACCACCAGCAAAGAGGUGAAGUUGGGGCAAUACUCCGUGGGUGGACCUGGCUGCAAGCCUUCUGAGAUGAUCAUCGACAACUCCAGGCAGUCUCUGCAGCUCACAGACUGCAGUCUCAUUCCAGGUCAGAGCUACAACGUGAUCGUCUACAUCGAAGAAGUCGUCGGAGAUGUGGAGGGUGUUUGGUCUUCCGUGGAGAUCACCGUGCCACUGACUGCAGCAGUGGAGGAUCCAUUGGCCAGAAGCUACUCCGAUUUGACCGUGCAGCCUGGGCAAGACUACGUCUACCACGUGAGGGCGGUGAACUUCAUUGGUGUUGGGCAACCAUCUCCAGCAUCAGCUUCCAUCCGAGCAGGAAAUGUGCCAGCGGCACCUGCCUUGCCGAUCAUCGCUUCCCGCGCGCUGACGUCCCUCACGGUGGAGUGGGCCCCGCCAUCACCCUUGGGAUCCGAGAUUUUGAGCUACAGACUCUUCAUGUCCGGGCCAUUGGACGGUGGUGUCUACCAGGAGAUCUACAACGGUCCGGAUACCGCCUAUACCAAGUCCAUGCUGACCACUGGCACCAUCUACCUCUUCCGGGUGGCGGCUGUGAAUCACAUCGGUGAAGGUCAACGUAGCGCCGUGCGGGAAGCCGCUGCCUGCGUCUUGCCAUCGAUGCCCACCAGCUUCGAUGUGAAGUCCCGAUCAACCCUUGGUGUAACCAUCGAGUGGGACCCGCCCUCGGCAGAUGGCGGAUGCCCGGUGACGGCCUAUGCGGUCACCCAGGAUGGAGUCGUCGCAUCUACGCAGAUUCAGAGAGAGUUUGCACUGCCAGUGGUGGUGCCAGCUCAGACCUACAGCUUCACCGUUCGUGCGGAGACGCGGGUUGGCAGUUCGCCCAGCACCCUGACGCUGAGCGUGGUAGCGGCUGAAGCACCGGCCAAGGUGGUUGGGUUGGAGAUUACCUCCAUGGCGACUACUGGCAUCACCCUCCAAUGGCAAGGAGUGCCCAGCAACCUCAAUGGAGGGGUGCCCCCUCCCCUGCUGCGGGAAUCUGAGGAAUCAUUGUCAUCUCUCAGCCACUCUUGGUCUUGUGCACUUUCUAAUCACUUCCCCGUUGCGCUCCCCAUGUUGACCCGCCUUCCGUUGCGCCUGGCCCGCCCCCGGGGCCCCCUCUGCGCAUGGCGGCACUGGACCCCGCAGUGCCCCGUCCCGCUGAACGUGCCACGGAGCCGCUGGCGCUGGGCGCUGCCGUGCUGCCUGGCCUCCUGGCUGCUGCCGAACGCCACCGGAGCGGAGCAACAUGACUUCGGUCGUGACCGAAGGGACCGAAGGGACCGAAGGCUGGUGCAAUGUGAGGAACGCACGGUGAAGCUGAAAAGCCGAAGCGCUGGACAUGGAAAGCAGCUGGUGGUCUUGGUACAUGGCCUGGACAGUUGGUCCGGCACUUGGCAAGCCUUGAUGGAGCUUCUGGCGAAGCGUGGUGUUCCGACUCUGGCGCUGGACCUGCGAGGACAUGGCGAGUCGCCCUUGGGACGUCCAGAGGACUUCUCGCCGGAGCAGCUGGCGGCGGAUGUGAGGGCGGCCGUGGAGGCGAUCCCUGACCAAAACUUAGGGAUUUUUGGUACUUUUAGAGAUGUUUUUCCAUAA